AUUCUUUCUGAUCCUCCUUAACUAUGCUGGCAACAGAUUUCUCCUUGUGUCCUUUGGCUUCCCUUCUAAAUGUUUUUUUUUACCAUUUCAAGCUUCUGAUUUAUAUUCAUUACUAUCAACUUCCCCUGGUCCAUGGUUGAUUUGAUUUUCCUUCCUUCAUUCCAUGGCCCAUUUUUUGCCUCUAGAAUCAUAGACAUUUCCAAUGCUGUGCUGUCAUUGGCUUCCCACCCCGACUGCACUUUCUGAUCCUCUCUGCUGGGAGUUAAUGCUGAGCCAAACAGCAGUGUAACUGUGGGGUUUUGCUAGCAAGUGUUAGUCUCUCUCCAAGAGACGCAUUGCGUAGAUCAGCUCUUCCUAGGCACACAUGCCCCUCUUUCUAUUGGUGCUCUAAUCAUGAAGUCUUUCCAUACAGAGGUUUCCACAGGUUUGGAGGGGUGAGGCAAGCAAACAGCACAGUCACCACCAGUACCCUCCAUGUGGCCCCCUACUACCUUCUUCCAUAGGUUUCGGCUCUAUUCUCCACCAUGUGGGUGAACAGCGGGCAUUUGACCCUCCAUGCCAGAAAAGCAUUUUCGUCACUGUUUGCUCUGCAUCCUUGCGAAUAACUUCUAUUUGCUCUGUUUAAUGUUUAAUAGUGGACACUCAGCUUAAUAAUGUUAAGGCAAUAUAAAUAAAAGGCGAGGAGCUGUGCAGAUUAGAUGCAUCCAGCAGGAUCCUUUUGAUGGAACUGGAAUAGUUCCAAAGGAAAAUGAAGUCCAUUCUCUGCCUGUGUGUGUUACUUGUUGGGCUUCAUGCUGUUGUCUUGUCUCAUCAUGUACCUGACCACCACAGUGACCAGGAUGGUCAGACAGAUAUUAAUCCCCCACAGCAGCUUAGUCUGGUUGGAGGCAAUGUCGUAACUGAAAACAGGUCCUUUCUCCAAGUAGCUCCUAGCAAUGCUGACUUUGCAUUUAGAUUCUACAAACAGAUUAAAUCAGAAGCAGCUGACAAGAACAUUUUCUUCUCUCCUCUGAGCAUCUCCACUGCCUUUGCAAUGCUGACGUUAGGUGCCAAGUCAACCACUCUGAGUCAAAUUCACAAAGGACUCUCCUUUAACCUGACAGAGAUUGAGGAGAGGGAGAUACAUGAAGGUUUUCAUCAUCUCAUCCAGAUGUUAAACCGUCCUGACAGUGAGAUCCAGCUGAAUAUGGGAAAUGCCCUUUUUGUAGAUGAUCGACUGAAACUACUAGAGAAGUUUUUGGCUGACGUCAAAAUUCUGUAUGAGUCUGAAACUUUUCCUAGUAACUUCCAGAAUUCUGCAGCGGCUGAGAAACAGAUCAAUGAUUACAUAGAGAAGAAAACCCAUGGGAAAAUUGCCAACUUGGUGAAGGGUCUUGAUUCGCUCACUGUAAUGGUUCUUGUCAACUAUAUUUUCUUUAAAGCUCAUUGGGAAAAUCCUUUCAGUAAUUUGAAUACCCAGGAAGAUGACUUUUUUGUGGAUGCCAAAACAUCUGUUAAAGUUAAUAUGAUGAACAGUGAAAAAUAUUAUCCCACUCACCGUGAUGAGGAGCUGUCUUGCUGGGUGGUUGAAAUCCCAUACGAAGGAAAUGCUGCUGCAUUAUUUAUUUUGCCUGAUGAAGGAAAAAUGAAGCAGGUGGAGGAGGCUCUGUUGAAAGAGACUGUGUCUAAAUGGACAAAAUCACUUCAACAAAGAGAAAUCGACCUGUAUAUUCCAGCAUUCUCUGUAUCUGGUACCUAUGAUGUGAAAGAGCUGUUUCAGAAAAUGGGUGUGAUCGAUGUGUUCACUGAUGAAGCUGAUCUGUCUGGAAUCACGGAGAAAGCUAAACUGAAGGUGUCGAAAGUUGUUCACAAGGCCCUGGUGGAUGUUCAUGAGAAUGGUACCGAGGCUGCAGCAGUCACUGUGAUGGAGAUUACACUACUAUCUGCUGUAUUUCCUCCUCCUCCUACUAUUAAAUUCAACAGGCCCUUCCUGAUGAUGAUUCUUGAUAAACCCACCCGAAGCAUCCUCUUUAUGGGGAAAAUCAUAAACCCUACUGAAAAAUAACUGUCCCGCCACUCUGCAUGCCCCAGUGAUUUGAAUGAGUGAUGUGCAAAUUCUCAUGAGCAUGUGCAUAUACAACAGACAACUUGGUGCUAGUGACCGUAACUGAAUUGUAAUUGACAUAAAUUCCACACAAAUAAAACAGGACUGUGGUGUCUUCAUGUCUACAGACAGCC